AUAUUAGUUUUCUUAACAGUGUCCUAUAAUUUUUGUCAAUUUUCUGCAAUCUUUAUCAUUCCUUUUAUUACUCUGACUGGGUAAUUUCAAAUGACCUGUAUCUGAGUGUGCUGAUUCUUUCUCCUGCUUGAUCAAGUCUGCUGCUGAAGCUGUUUGUGAAUUUUUUCAAUUCAGUCAUUGUGUUCUUCAGUUCCAGAAUUUCUGUUUGGUUCUUUUUUAUGGUUCCUAUCUAUCUUUUUGUUGAACUUCUAAAUUUGCUCAUGUAUUGUUUUCCUGAUUUUGUUUACUGUCUAUCUAUAUUGUUUUGUAGCUCACUGAGCUUUCUUAAGAUAAUUAUUUUUAACUCUUUGUCAUGCAGUAUAGAUCUCCAUUUCUUUAGGGUCGCCUCCUGCUGCUUUAUUUUCUUCCUUUGGUGGUUUCUUGUUUCCCUGAUUAUUUGUGAUCAGUGUGGCCUUGCAUUGAAGUAGGUACCUAUUUCAGUCUUUACAUACUAGCUUCAGUAGAGGAAGCUGUUCACUAGUCAGAUUGACCAGAGAUUGUGGGUGGGCUGUCUGUUGGGGUCUAUGCACAGGAUUUCUGUUGGAGUUCUAAGGUGGGCAGGGCUGGAUUCUGGGUUCAUUCACUGUGGUUGUCUGUAUUCUGUGCACAAGGACUGGCUUGAACCAUGGAUCCUGGAGGGCUGACUGGCACUGAAAUGAGCCUUAAGCCUGAGUCUGCAGGGACCAGCCUAACAUGGGGAUCACCUGGCACCUGAGUUCAUGGGGACAGACCUGUUCCUGAGUUUAUUCAGGCUGUCCUGGGACCAAGGUCCACUGGGGUGAGCCCAGAAUCUGGGUCCACAUGGCCAAGAUCUCUGGAGGCUGACCUGGUGCUAGAUCUGCUGGGGAUGGCCUGAAUUCUAGGCCCAUGGGUACUAACUUGGAGCCUUGGGCUGCUGGGGCUAAUGUGGAGGCUAGAGUCUUGGGGGCCAGGCUAGAGCUAGAGCAGGCCUGAAGUCUAGGACUUCUGUGGCCACCUUGGAGUCUGGAGCCCCAGGGGCUGACCUGAUCUGGGGUGAGCAUGGGGCUGAGUACACAGAGACCAGUCUGGCCUGUGGCAGGCCUGAAUCCUGGUGCCGGGGUUUACUGGAGUGGGCUUGGUGCUUGGGAUCUGUGGUGAAGGUGGGUGCUAUCUUAACUGUCCCUCUUCCAUGCAAGAGGGUAUCUCUCUCCAUGCUGUGCUGCCCAGGCUUGAAGGUGGGGUGACACUGGUAAUGUGAAAUUGUCCUUCCUAUGCACUUCAAUGUGUCUUUUCUUACUUCUGUGCUGCAACUGGGUGGUAUAACCUCUCACCUGAUUCCUGAGCUCUAGUGAAGUUAUUUUCGUGCAUGGAUACUUGUUCAAAUUGAUGUUUCUGCAAGGGAUGAGCACUAGAAACUCCUGUUCUGACAAACUCCUAUUCCGGUUCUUGCUGACAUCACUCCCUGAAAUAGUUAAUAUACUUAACAGCUGAACACGGAUAGGAUGUUCACGGAAUAUGUUGACAGGACAAAAAGUUGAAACUGUUGGCAGAAACCCAAAGUCAAUAUCGAAGCCAAGGAAAACAUUGCCUGUGGUGCCACAUUAGAACAGCUUGAAGACCGUUCAUUUUUAAGUGACAAGAAACUCGCCUCCAAGAAGCAAUUGUGUUUUCAGAAUGAUUUUAUUCAAGCAAGCAACUUAUUUCAUUUCCUUGUUUGCUACAGUUUCCUGUGGAUGUCUGACUCAACUAUACGAAAACGCCUUCUUCAGAGGUGGGGAUGUAGCUUCCAUGUACACCCCGAACGCCCAGCACUGCCAGAUGAUGUGCACAUUCCACCCAAGGUGUUUGCUAUUCAGUUUUCUUCCAGCAAGUUCCAUCAAUGACAUGGAGAAAAGGUUUGGCUGCUUCUUGAAAGAUAGUGUUACAGGAACCUUGCCAAAAGUACAUCGAGCAGGUGCAAUUUCUGGACAUUCCUUAAAGCAAUGUGGUCAUCAAAUAAGUGCUUGCCACCGAGACAUUUAUAAAGGAAUUGAUAUGAGAGGAGUCAAUUUUAAUGUAUCUAAGGUUAGCAGCGUUGAAGAAUGCCAAAAAAGGUGCACCAAUAACAUUCGCUGCCAAUUUUUUUCAUAUGCCACACAAACAUUUCACAAUGCAGAGUACCGGAACACUUGCCUAUUAAAGCACAGUCCCGGAGGAACACCUACCACUAUAAAGGUGCUGAAUAAUGUGGAAUCUGGAUUCUCACUGAAGCCCUGUGCCCUUUCAGAAAUUGGUUGUCACAUGAACAUCUUCCAGCAUCUUGCCUUCUCGGAUGUGGAUGUUGCCAGAGUUCUCGCCCCAGAUGCUUUUGUGUGUCGAACCAUCUGCACCUAUCAUCCCAGCUGCCUCUUCUUUACGUUCUAUACGAAUGCAUGGAAGAUCGAGUCACAAAGAAAUGUUUGUUUUCUUAAAACAUCUGAAAGUGGCACACCAAGUUCCUCUACUCCUCAAGAAAACACCACAUCUGGAUACAGCCUUUUAACCUGCAAAAGAACUUUACCUGAACCCUGCCAUUCUAAAAUUUACCCGGGAGUUGACUUUGGAGGAGAAGAAUUGAAUGUGACUUUCGUUAAAGGAGUGAAUGUUUGCCAAGAGACUUGUACAAAGAUGAUUCGCUGUCAGUUUUUCACUUAUUCUUUACUCCCAGAAGACUGUAAGGAGGAGAAGUGUAAGUGUUUCUUAAGAUUAUCUUCGGAUGGUUCUCCAACUAGGAUUACAUAUGGGACACAAGGGAGCUCUGGUUACUCUUUGAGAUUGUGUAACACUGGGGACAGCUCUGUCUGCACAACAAAAACAAGCUCACGCAUUGUUGGAGGAACAAACUCUUCUUGGGGAGAGUGGCCCUGGCAGGUGAGCCUGCAGGUGAAGCUGAUGGCUCAGAGGCACCUGUGUGGAGGGUCACUCAUAGGACACCAGUGGGUCCUCACUGCUGCCCACUGCUUUGAUGGGCUUCCCUUACCGGAUGUUUGGCGCAUUUAUAGUGGCAUUUUAAAUCUGUCAGACAUUACAAAAGAAACACCUUUCUCACAAAUAAAAGAGAUCAUUAUUCACCAAAACUAUAGAAUCUCAGAAGGGAAUCAUGACAUCGCCUUAAUAAAGCUCCAGGCUCCUUUGAAUUACACUGAAUUCCAAAAACCAAUAUGCCUACCUUCCAAAGGUGACACAAACACAAUUUAUACCAACUGUUGGGUAACUGGAUGGGGCUUCUCGAAGGAAAAAGGUGAAAUCCAAGAUAUUCUACAAAAGGUAAAUAUUCCUUUGGUAACAAAUGAAGAAUGCCAGAAAAGAUAUCAAGAUUAUAAAAUAACCCAACGGAUGGUCUGUGCUGGCUAUAAAGAAGGGGGAAAAGAUGCUUGUAAGGGAGAUUCAGGGGGUCCCUUAGCUUGCAAACACAAUGGAAUGUGGCGUUUGGUGGGCAUCACCAGCUGGGGCGAAGGCUGUGCCCGCAGGGAGCAACCUGGUGUCUACACCAAAGUCGCUGAGUACAUGGACUGGAUUUUAGAGAAAACACAGAGCAGUGAUGGAAACGCUCGGAUGCAGGCGCCAGCAUGAGGAGUAGCCCAGAGUCUUGGCGAGUUUUACAACCUGGGUUCAAGUCAAAUUCUGAGCCUGGGGGUCCUCAUCUGCAAAGCAUGGAGAGUGGCAUCUACUUUGCAUUCUGUCAUAAGGACAAAAGACAGUGCACUCAGAGCUGCUGAGGACAAUGUUUUGCUGAAGCCAGCUUUCAGCAUUCAGUAACUGGGAGCUGAUAAUGUGAAGUCGCAACCGAGAUCUCCAUGAUUGGGUGUUGUAAAAUAAAAUGUUAAAGAUCAC